GUGCGCGCCGGCCCGCGCGCCGGCGGCAGCGUGGUGCUGGGCCAGGUGGACCGCCGGCUCGCGCCCUACAUCAUCGACCUGCACUCCAUGAACCAGUUUCGCCAGGACACGGGUGAGCCGGCCGUCCCCGCCCCGCGCGCACCCUCCCCCGCCGGGGUCCCCUCCGGACCUCCGGGUCCCCCACAGGCCACCGAGCAGGGGGCGCCCCCGCCCCGCGAUCCUCUCAUACCUGCUGCAAUAACCGUCCGUGCAGAUCUGGUUAGGCCGGCCGACUUUUACCCUCGCCCCUAAGAAAGCCCUUCACGUCCCCCUCUCUUUAAACGCUCGGUACCCCAAGUCCGCUCUUGUAGGAACCGAGGGGCCGUGCCAGCAUCCCGGCCAGUGGGCAAGACUACCUGCCCGCCUUCGCCAGCAUCACGUGGGCUGAGCCUUCGUUGCCUCGGGCACCCUGGGGCCUGCCACCCGCUCCCUCGGUUGCCCACCUCGCCGCCUCGGCCCUUCCUGGGGGCAUGCGGUCUGCCCCGCCGCGUCCCGGGGGCGGGCACCGGGCGCGCGGGAGGAUGGAGGUGCGCGGGAGGCCGGCGCUGUAGCUGAGCCUGCGGAGGGGCAGGCCUCCCCGGAGAGACCGAUGGACCUGGGGGCUGUCAGGGCCGGACACGCCCUGGCGGCCGCUGGGCGGUGAGCGCCUCUGCUCGGGCGCUCCGAGGGUGGAAGCAGCAGGCCCGCGCAGAUGGACAGGGGACGGGGAGGGCCGCCGCUCCGGAAUGCCAGCGAGGAAGCCGAGCGUAUUUGUCCCUGGGGGCGGAGGCGGCCGGGGCUGCGCAUUCCUGCAAGGAAACUGUCCCCAGCUUCCUCGCACAAAGGCCCCGACGGGGGACACAUUGAGCUCCCAUCUACUGGUGAGAAGGACCCUCCGGCCCGUCCGGCGCAACUACUACGACGCCGCCUCUGCGCCCGGGCAGGGCGUGGUGUGGGAGUGGGAGAGCGACCGCGGCUCCUGGACGCCCUACGACAUGGACGUGGGCAUCGCCAUCCAACGCGCCUUCGAGACGCAGCGGCCCUGCGUCGACCUGAGCCCCGUCGGCUUCGGCUACGUCAUUGACUUCGGCACCAUGGGCCAGAUCAACCGGCAGACGCAGCGCCAGCGCCGCGUGCGCCGCCGCCUGGACCUGGUCUACCCGCUGGCCGCGGGCGCCGCGGGCCGCGCCGCGUCCUGGCCGGCCGCCCCGGGGCCGCCGCCGCCGCCCGCCGCCGCGGGGCCGCGCGCGCCGCCCUGCUCCUGCCCGCAGUGCGUCCUGGUGAGGAGCGUCAAGGCCGCGGCGCCGCCCGCCCCAGCCGCCCGCAGGAGCGCCGCCCCGCCCGCGGCCGUCGAGGGGCCGCCGGCCCAGGGCCCCGGGGCCACGCCGCCCGACCGCGCGGGCGCCGGCCAGGGCCCCGGGAAGCCGGCCCCGUCGUCGCAGGCGAUCCGGAGACAAGCCUCCCCCGCGGCGGCAGCGGCGGGCCCCGCGGGCUGCCCCGCCAGCCCCCCGGGGGCCACCGGCAAGGCCGGCCGUGUGGCCCUGGCGACCUUGGAUCGGACCAGCCUGCAGCGACUGGCCCUGGCCCAGUCCCGGGUGCUGAUCGCCUCUGGGGUGCCCACUGUCCCCGUGAAGAACCUGAGUGGGUCCAGCCCCGUCAACCCCGCGCUGGCAGGAAUCACUGGGAUCCUCAUGAGCGCGGCAGGGCUGCCCGUGUGUCUCACCCGGCCACCAAAGCUGGUCCUUCACCCACCCCCCGUCAGCAAGAGUGAAAUAAAAUCCAUCCCCGGGGUUUCCAACACAAGCCGCAAGACCACCAAGAAGCAAGCCAAGAAAGGGAAAACCCCGGAAGAAGUGCUGAAGAAGUAUCUGCAGAAACUGCGGCAUCCGCCAGACGAGGAUUGCACCAUCUGCAUGGAGCGUCUCACGGCCCCGUCCGGCUACAAGGGCCCCCAGCCCACGGUCAAGCCGGACCUGGUGGGCAAGCUGUCCCGGUGCGGCCACGUCUACCACGUCUAUUGCUUGGUGGCCAUGUACAACAACGGCAACAAGGAUGGGAGUUUGCAGUGUCCGACCUGUAAGACCAUUUACGGGGUGAAGACGGGCACCCAGCCUCCAGGGAAGAUGGAGUACCACGUCAUCCCCCACUCCCUGCCUGGCCACCCGGACUGCAGAACCAUCCGGAUCAUCUACAGCAUCCCCCCCGGCAUCCAGGGGCCGGAACACCCAAAUCCUGGGAAAAGCUUCAGCGCCCGUGGCUUCCCUCGACAUUGUUACCUCCCAGACAGCGAGAAAGGGAGAAAGGUCCUGAAGCUGCUUCUCGUGGCCUGGGACCGCCGCCUUAUCUUCGCCAUCGGGACGUCCAGCACCACGGGCGAGUCAGACACCGUCAUCUGGAAUGAAGUCCAUCACAAGACAGAGUUUGGCUCUAACCUCACUGGCCACGGCUACCCAGAUGCCAACUACCUGGAUAACGUGCUGGCCGAGCUGGCUGCCCAGGGCAUUUCCGAGGACAGCGCUGCCCAGGAGAAGGACUGAGCUGGGGGAGGGGGGUGGAUGGGGCUUCGGGGUGGCAGGGGUGUAGGAACCGCAGGGCAGGAAGGAGGGAGAGUCAGGGUGGAAGUUGGGGCCGUGCCCUCCCGAGCCCCUUGUGCCCUCUCCAUCUCGCAUCCUUCCGGCCACAGCGGGGAGCCAGAGUGAAUAAGGGGAUGUCAUUCACAAACCUCAUCCAACGCGCAGGGGCCGCGGGACGGGGUGAGGGCCGCCCUCGUCUGUUCCGUGGAGCGUCGGUGCUGGGCAGGCAGGGACUCCUCCCCUCACACCACCCCCAGCCCCCAGCAGGGGGCACUGUCAGCGCACGUGGGGGACGGGCACCUCUUCCCUGGCCUUGUGAAGCCAGGGGCGCCCGCCUUGGCCGGCUUCUCGCUGCUUCCACUCUGCUUGGAGAGCGGAGUUUCUACUUUUCUCUCAUCCCCUGGAGGUGCGGCGCUCUCACUGUGCAAGACUGAGGGGCAGAGGAGUGAACCGCUGCGGCAUCGGCAACCAAUGCCUCGAUGUACAGUGAGGAAGUGCUUCUCACCUAGAGGGGGCGAGGGCAGCGAGGGCCUCCGGGAGCAUCUCAGCUCCCAUCGCGGUCCUGGCUGCUCCCGCCUCCCGCUCACCCCUCUGCCCUGUCCAAAGAGGCACCCGAUUCUCUUAUGCAGACGGAGGGACUCUGGGAUUCCUCUCUGGGGCGCGAUGUCUCCCGCCCCUCUCUGAUCAGACCAGAGCCUGCGUCCCACUUAGCAUCUGAAUUAGUCCUCAGGGAGAGGAGCCCAACUCUUCCAACUCAUCCCAGACCAGCUCAAAGAUUCCGUGAUUCAUCCAGUCACUGUGAGCGGAGCCCAGGCUGGGCUCCGUGCCAUCCGUGGACGUGUGUGUGUGUGUGUGUGUGUGCGCGCGUGUGUGUGUGCGUGUGCGCGCGCGCAUGCGCGAGUGCACCGCGCGGGGCCAGGCUCUGCCGCUGGGCCAGGUUGGCAGAGGGUCCCAUCGUGAUCUCACACUCUGGUUCUGCAAACUGUCAGACCCCAGUUCUGAUGGGACUGCAACAGCCAGGCAGCCGUUCGUCGAUGUGCCUCACUGUCUGACACCCGUCCCCUAGUCAACAUGAACCCAGACGGAGACAGGGCUGUGCUUGGGGGCGGGGGAGGGGCGGGGGGAGGAGGGGGGGCGGGGUGGCCGGGCCCCUUUGUGUGCCUCUCGCAAGGUGGGAUCUGAGCUGGUCCACGAGGACCUCAGCGGGUCUCCAUGUACGUUGUCUAAUGAGCCUGGAGGUGUGCGGGGACCCUCAUCUUCCUCUGCAAUGACAGGCUGGCCCAGCACAUGAGGGAGCCUCUAGCCCUUUCCCAGCAGGGUUGGGACCACCUUGUCCAGUCCAACCUGUGUCAGGGUUGUGGCCCAAGACCCUGCCUGUCCCCCACAUUCCCUUCGGCUCCCAUGAAGGAGACAGUUGGGGGUCAGGGAGGAGAGACGGGGGGUGAAGAAGGGAACCCCAAUUCUGCCCCCUUUGAAAGUGGAUUCUCUGAACUCCGUGUUUGGGGGAAGUUGCUCUGGAUCCCAAUUCGAAUUUAUAUACCUCGUGUCUGGGGGUCUGACAUAUAUAUAUAUGUGUAUAUAUAUAUAUGCACAUAUAUUUCAUAGUAUUUGGAAGGUUUUCGAUGCUGGAAAAAUGGAAAUGGAAAAGCCUUCAGACGCGGUACUGAAGUAAGAAGUGACAGCCAAGCUUUUCCAAGGGUCGGCUCUGAGUGUCCUGCUCUCAGGCCUGCAGACAUUCUGAGGAGGGGAGGCACUGGUGCUGAGCUUGUCCUCCUCUUCCACGUGGCAGAAGACGUGAAAGUGUUAGUUGCCAAGUUGCUUUGGGGGUAUUAGUUAGCUCCAGCGAAGGGCACUCUGGCAGGAGGCCUUCCAGCCUCACCCAUCAGUCCUUUAUCUCACCAGCAGACCAGGAGACUGGCCCCCAGCCCACCGCACCACGGGGCAGUUUCCUGCCGCAGCCAGGAAGGAAACAUCCGAACUCAACGGGAGAAGGGCUCUCUCCCUCACUUAGCGUUUGACGUCAGCCCAUGCCCGUUGCCGGACCACCCUGUGCCGGAGACAGGCCUCAUCAUAAGCCCGGCUACACCCCCACCCUCCUUCAGCAUCCUUGUCCAGGAUCCUCCGGGCUCCUCACCCACAGGAACGAGAAAACAGACCCGGAGCUGGCAGGUAGACAGAGCGGUGUGGCGAGAGGUGGUGAAAGAAGGGAGGGUGAUAACUGGCAGAGGGCCGUGCGGAGAGACUCAUUUCCCUGGGUCGGGCAGAAGAAGGUGCGGGUGGAGGAGGAGCCGGGCCCAGGGCAGAGAGAAGAGGCUGCAGGGGAAAGGCAGGCAGGCGGUACCUCUUUGAGAGUCGUCUUCACACCUUCCAGCCCCUCUCAGGAUGCUGAGAGUACUGAUGGCCUGUGUCUCUUCCCAAGAUGCUCGUAGGGGCUCCCUCAUCUGCUGCUCUCCUAGUGGGACUUUUGGGCAGAAGGAACUGUUCAUGUCCCUUCUAACACUGCCAGGCAAAGGGGGUGGGAGGGGCAUGCCUCUGCCCUCUCUCUCAUGCCAACCUGAAAAGGUACAGCCCUGGGUUGGGCGAGAACCCCCGCCGGCAGAGGUCCUGUGCAUCCAUCACUUGGACGCAGGAAGUCCUCCCGCUGGAAGCCCUGCUGUGUUCCCUGCCCCAUGCAGGGAAUCCCACGCCCGCCCUUUCAUCCUCUCAGCACCAGCAGCCUCAUUUCUCCCCUCCUGAGUCUCCGGGGAGGACACGUGGGACUGGAGACAAACCCUGUUAGUGCUCAUCCCUUGAAAGGUGGAUUGUGUGUGUGUGUGUGUGUGUGAAAGGUGGAUCGUGUGUGUGUGUGUGUGUGAAAGGCGGAUCGUGUGUGUGUGUGUGUGUGUGUGUGUGUGUGUGUGUAAGUAGUUGCCUUUGUUUUCAUCCCCCUUUUGGGAAGCCUGGACUUCUCUGUGGUUUCACGCCUGGUCCAAUGCUCGUCCUGGUGUUGUGGGCAUGAGAUGGUUGAGGGGGAGGUCCUGUGUGGUACAAGGGAGGGCCCUGUCCUCUUUUCCUGGUCUGUGGUCCCUGGCAUUGAUGGGGGGCGGCGGGGCGGGGUGGGGGGUGGUUCUGGGGGAGAGCGGGUGACUGUCCUGUUGUAAAUCACUAACUGGUGUGUUCUGAAGUCCUUGGUGUUGCUCUGUGAGUGGACAUCGCCACCUGGUGCUCAUGAGGUUUACGUGUGGAACAAUAAACGGCAAACAACAACCGCGAA